AUGAAAACCCCUACCAAUAACUAUGGUAUUGAAGGACUCGAACGUCCAACAACAGCUGAAUCACAUCAGCCAUCUACAAUCAUUAAAUAUAUGGGUCAUCGUACUAUAGGUGUUAAUGUUCCGAAUAGUUAUCAGGGUUCUCUACGUAAUUUUGUUCUACAACAAAAUGGAUCCACAUAUAAUAAAUCAGCACCGACAUCAACCAAUCAUGGAUUUGCUUCACUUGUUCAUAGCACAUCGUUUUCUACAUUAACUCCACUUCAUAGUAUCGAUGGAGAUCGUGCUAUUGAUGAACAACGUGAAUUAUCGAGAAUCACUGAUACUUUAACAGAAAGUAUACUACAAUGUUGUUCCUUUCAGGCACAUAAUUGUGCGUUAGAAUUACAAAUUGAAUGGCUUGAAAAUAAUACAAAUAAAAAUACUUCGACGAUUGAUAAAAUGUUUCGUCAAGAAAUUCAAACAGCAAAUCAUCUAAUUGAAGAUGCAUUGCGUUCUAAGCCUGAUUUAGAAAAAAAAUUGAAGGAUAUUCAUCAAACAACACUCGCUAAUGAUGGACAAUAUCAACAACUAUUAUCAAAGCGAAAUACAACGAAUAAAGAAUUAUUUGAAUAUCAUCGAAAAAUGGCACAAAUUCGAGCUGAAUCUGAAUUCUUACGUUGUCGUUUACAACAAUUUAAUGAUGAAAUACAAUUUUAUACAGUAAAAAAUGAUUCAUUAAACAUACGACAAGUAAAAUUACGUUAUGAAUUAGACGAAGAAUUAUUUGCUAAACAUGUUCUACAAAUGGAAUUCGAUGUAUUACAAAGUGAAAAAAUUACACAGGAAGAUGUACAUUUAGCAGCUGUUGAUGAAAUUCGAGGUUCAAUUGAUACGACACAAAUAGCAACAGUUCAACCAUCGAAUUAUUAUCGUGAACAAUUAGGUCAUCAAGUACGUCGUUUUAGAUCGGAAUAUGAAAAAAAAAUUGAAACAUAUAGAGAUGAGUUACAUCGAAAACUUGAAUUAGAAUUACAUCGUUAUAAAACACUUACAAUACGUCCAGUACCAGUCGUAACACGAGAACACGAGGAAAAAUUAGAUCAAUUUAAUCGUGAGAAAAAAAUUACUGAUCAACAGAUUAGUUCCACACGUGGUUCUAUCAAAGAAAUAGGAAGUCAAAUAGAAAUUUUAGAACAACGAAUUAAUGAUGGUAAUGUUGAACUUAGAUCAACAUCAAAUGCAGAAAGACAUUUAGCAAUGCUCGAACAAAUUAUUCAUGAAAGAGAAAAACAAUUUAACGAUGCUCUUCGUAUUCGAGGUGAAUUUAAACAACGAAUUGAAAAAUAUCGUGAAGAAAUUCAUAGAUAUCAAACAAAAUUAACACACGAUACUUAUGAUACGAAAGAAUUACAAGAAAUUUCAAAACGAAAAUCAAUUCUUCGAUCAUCAUCAGCACAUGAUGUUAGAGGCAAUAGUUAUCAUGAAGAAUCAUCAUCAUCACUAAAUACUACUCAAAGAAAUUCUUUGUUAUUAUCUAUGAAUCAAAAUAUAACUAAUCGAAUAGAUGAAAGAUCAUCAACAGUAGGAACAUUAAUUCAAUCCACUAAUUUUAAUGUGGAACAAGAUGAAGCAGCUAUUAUAAGAAUACUUUGUAAUCGUAGCGUUAGUCAACGUCUUCAAAUUCGUGAUAUUUAUAAAAAUCGUUUUAAUAAAAAUUUAGGUGACAUUAUUGAAACUGAUGUAAAUGGAGAUUCAAAAAGGAUUUUAAAACUACUUUUAUUAUCACCUAUUGAACGUGAUUGUUAUGAAUUAAGACGUAUAUUGAAAGGACAAAAUACUGCUGAAAAUAUUCUUAUUGAAAUAUUUCUCACAAAUUCUAAUAAACAAAUAAAAACAAUUAUUAAUUAUUAUUUUCAAUUAUUCAAUAAUACACUUGAACAGGAUAUUCGUAAUGAUCGAGAAAGUCCAUCGAAACAAAUAUUUCUUUCAUUACUUCAAGCAAAUCGUCCAGAAGAUAAUAGAAUCGAUGAGGGUCAAGUAUUGAAUGAUGCUCGAAAUUUAUUCGAUUCAAGAUCUAAAUGGCAAACAGAUGGUUCAACAUUUAUUCAAUUGUUAUGUAAUCGAAAUAAUGCACAUUUAAAACAAACCUUUGCUGCUUAUCAACAAUUUAAUAGAUUUGAUAUUGAACAAAGUAUUCGAAAUGAUACAAAUGCUGAUCUUAGUCGAACAUUAAUGGCAAUCGUUCGAAUUAUACGAAAUCAAGCACGUUUUUUUGCUUAUGAAUUACGAAAAAGUCUUAAAGGUUCAAGUACUAAUGAACAUAAUUUAAGUCGUAUAAUUGUUUCAAGAUGUGAAAUUGAUUUGGUAUCAAUUAAAUCUGAAUAUGAAAAAAUAACUCCACGUACACUUUUCGAUCAUAUUCAGACGGAUACAAAAGGAAAUUAUAAACGAGCACUUCUUGAAUUAUUACGUCAACGUAUUGAACCAGCUAAUAAAGAAUUAUUAGAACCAAUAUUUAAUAAUCGACCAACUGUAAAAUGGCAAGAACCAGUUCAAAAACAAUCAUUUGGACGAAGUAAAAGCACUCGAGAUAUUAGUGAUAUAAAACAAUUCGAUCGUGAUAAUCAAGGAAAAAUGUCUACAAUAUUAAGACUUCCUACAAAAUCACAAUAUGUUGAACGACGUACAGUAGAUAAAUAUCCCAAUACAACUGAUAAUCAAAAUGAAUAUUAA